CCAGCCGUCGCUCCAACAAUGCAGCUUUUAAUGGUGCUGUGAGCGGAGCGAGCUGAAAACGCAGCAACACCGCAGGCUUGUCCGGGGACUGUCGUGCAAAAUUCAACACAACGAGAUAUUUACGUUUUGACAAACCCACCGGGCGGCUUUGACUCAGUUCUCUGGAAAAAUUGGACUCUUCUGCUGUGGGUUCCUGCUUUGAGAAGGAAGGGAAUAUGCCAGUGGCGGGAUCUCCAAAAGGAAUCCCUGAAGUGCCAUAAAAAUGAGCACAACCCGGAGAGCAUAAACUGAGCCACCCACCCGUCUCUCUGAUCUGUGAGCAGCCAUGCCCUCCCUGCCUCACCCAUCGAGGGGAACCCCUCUCCAGACGCCAGAGUGUUUUCUGGUAUAGAUCAGGACAACAGCAAUAGAGAUGGUAUUAGUCUGUGCGAGCUAUACCACAUCAGAGCUCGUUUUAGAAUCCAGGUGAGGCCCAACCUCACCUUGCUGACAAGGUCGUAUCAUGGCCGCUGCUGAUCCCCAUAGCAACGCUUCCUUGGCAGGGCGAGGAGCAGACUGAGAGAGUCAACGAUGCAGCGUAACGGUGGUGGGGUGGGCGCGGGUGGCCAGCCAUGGGUGUUACGGCGCGUGCGUCUCACCUGGCUCAGCUUCAUGCUCUUCUUCAUCCUGGUCUUCUUCCCACUCAUCGCCCACUACUACCUCACGACCAUCGACGAAGCUGGGGGUCCCGAUAAACGCAUCUUUGGCCCACGGCCUGGUGGCGAACUGUGCGAGGCCAAACAUGUGCAGGAUCUAUGCCGGAUCCGCGAGUCGGUCAGCGAGGAGCUGCUGCAGCUGGAGGCCAAGAGGCAGGAGCUCAACGGGGAGAUCGCCCGACUCAACCUUCGCAUCGAGGCCUGCAAGCGCAGCAUAGACAGCGCCAAGCAGGAUCUGCUGCAGCUGAAGAACGUCAUCAGCCAGACUGAGCACUCGUAUAAAGAACUGAUGGCCCAGAACCAGCCCAAGCUUUCCCUGCCGGUCAGACUGCUGCCAGAUAAGGAGGACCCGGGUUUACCUCCACCGAAGUCUGCACGCUCCUGCCGCUUACGCUCCUGCUUCGACUACGCCCGCUGCCCUCUCACGUCUGGGUUUCCUGUGUAUGUCUACGACACAACCUCCUAUCCAUGGGCGGACUAUAUUGACCCCCUGGUGAAGCAGGCGUUCGCAGCCUCAGUAAAGAGCAACAUUUAUAUCACAGAUAACCCCAGCAUCGCCUGUCUGUAUCUGGUUUUAGUCGGGGAGCUGCAGGAGUCCUCCCCGCUGCCCCCUCCCUCAGAGCUGGAGAAGCAACUUAAAGCUCUGCCUUACUGGAGAUCUGACGGACACAAUCAUGUUCUGGUGCAUUUCUCUAGAAAUUCUGUGACCCAGAACUUCCUGUAUAAUGUGAGCACAGGACGGGCGGCCGUCGCUCAGUCCACUUUCCUGGAGCAGCAGUACCGCGAGGGCUUUGACUUGGUUGUGUCCCCGCUUGUUCAUGCCCUCUCAGAGCCAAACUUUUUAGAAGUGCCCCCUCAAGUUCCUGUAAAGAGGAAAUACCUCUUCACCUUCCAGGGGGAGAGGGUGGAGUCACUAAAGAGCAGCUUACAGGAAGGACCCCCUCAGUCUUUCGAGGAGGAAAUGGAAGGAGACCCACCAGCCGACUAUGACGAUCGCAUCAUCGGCACCUUAAAGGCAGUGCAGGACAGCCACCUGGAUCAGGUGCUGGUGGAGUUCACCUGCAAGAACCCACGGCCGAGUCUGCCGACUGAGUGGGCUCUGUGUGGGGAGAGGGAGGACCGGCUCGAGGUGCUCAAGGCUUCAACCUUUGGCCUGGUGAUAGCUCCAGGGGACGGGCAGCUGGUGGCCUCAGCAGGCUGUGGGAUGAGGCUCUUUGAGGCCCUCGAGGUGGGGACCAUCCCAGUCGUGUUGGGGGACCACUCUAGACUGCCGUAUCAUCAGCUUAUACGGUGGAGCGAAGCUGCCAUCAUCGUCCCUAAACCGCGUGUCACUGAACUACACUUCCUGCUGCGCAGCCUAUCAGACAAUGACAUGCUGACCAUGAGGCGGCAGGGCCGCUUCCUUUGGGAGACAUACUUCUCUACCUCGGAGAAUGUUCUUAACACCCUCCUGGCCUGCAUCAGAACCAGCAUCCAGGUCCCUGCUGCUCCCAUCAAAGAAGAGCCGGCUCACGAGAUCCCUCACAAAGCAGGGAAGCUGGCCGGCACUGACGCCAACCUGGCUGACAACGGGGACCUGGAUCUGGGUCCUGUUGAGACAGAGCCCCCCUACGCCUCUCCGCGCUUUCUCCGUAACUUCACAUACACAGCUGCAGACACAUAUAGAGCAUGGAACCGGGCCCCGGGGCCUUUUCAUCUGUUCCCUCACACUCCUCUGGACCCUGUGCUGCCCUCUGAAGCCAAAUUCCUCGGCUCUGGAACUGGCUUCAGGCCCAUCGGUGGAGGUACGGGUGGCUCAGGGAAGGAGUUUCAGGCAGCUCUAGGAGGGAACGUGCCACGAGAACAGUUCACCGUGGUCAUGCUGACCUAUGAGAGGGAGGAGGUGCUGAUGAACUCUCUGGAGAGGCUGAACGGACUGCCGUACCUCAACAAAGUAGUGGUGGUGUGGAACUCACCCAAGCCUCCUUCAGACGACCUGCUGUGGCCAGACAUUGGCCUGCCUAUCGUGGUUGUCCGCACAGAGAAGAACAGCCUCAACAACCGCUUCCUUCCCUGGGACGUCGUGGAAACCGAGGCCAUCCUGUCGAUUGAUGAUGACGCUCACCUCCGCCACGAUGAGAUCAUGUUCGGGUUCAGAGUGUGGCGCGAGGCCAGAGAUCGCAUCGUGGGUUUCCCCGGGAGGUAUCACGCGUGGGACGUGAACCAUCAGUCCUGGCUCUACAACUCCAACUACUCCUGUGAGCUCUCCAUGGUCCUGACAGGAGCGGCUUUCUUCCAUAAGUAUUACGCCUACCUGUACUCGUACGUGAUGCCCCAGGCUAUCAGAGACAUGGUGGACGAGUACAUUAACUGUGAAGACAUCGCCAUGAACUUCCUGGUGUCUCACAUCACCCGAAAACCCCCCAUCAAGGUAACAUCACGUUGGACUUUCCGCUGUCCCGGCUGCCCUCAGGCCCUUUCACACGACGACUCCCAUUUCCACGAACGCCACAAGUGCAUCAACUUCUUCGUCAAAGUGUACGGCUACAUGCCGCUGCUGUACACUCAGUUUCGCGUGGACUCCGUGCUCUUUAAGACUCGUUUGCCCCACGACAAGACCAAGUGCUUUAAGUUCAUAUAGCACCGGGCUGAGUGGCCCAGCAAAGAGCCAAACGUAGAGAGGAUUGAAGGACUGGAAGUAUUUAAGAGAACAGCAGCUCCCUCUGCACGCAGUGAAGAAGAUGGAUGGACUGCCAGAUAAAUGCACAAAGGAUAAGUUGUGGUUUGGAUAUCGCACGGGGGAGAGACAAGACCUUGUUGUUGUUGGCUGGGUGGUCUAAUCCACAACUCUACUGAAAAUAUGAAGAGUGGAAGCUGAAAGGGAUGACUGCCAAGAAAAUGAGCCUUUUCAGUGGAUGCCACUCUUCCUUUUUCACGUUCUUCAAUCACGCUCAAUCAUCAACCACUACAGAUGUCAUUAGCACCUCUUAACGCUCGCCAAGGAAAGAGGACGGUUGUACAGAGUGUACAGAAACUCUCCCACGGUAAACUCUACCUUACAAUGGAGCUGUGAGUAGCUGCAUCACUGACGGACGGGUGUCGUGCUGCGCUCGCCAGCGGCCUGUCGACAGUUUCAGCUGGGAGAGCAACAGCAGCACAUGGCACCCUAAUUUUCACAGAUACAAACUGUACUUCUUGUACGCAAGACAAGCACUGAUGGUCAGAGGUAUUUUAUUGAAAAGUCUUCUUUUAAAAGAAAAUCUAAGUGUGUAAAUCUUUUUUGAUGGUCAAACUUUUUCCAGAUCCUCCGCCUGUUGGAGAUCAGACACAAACUGAUAUGUUCGAGAAAGAAACGGGACCUCGACUGAAGAGUUUGGCCCAAUCAUGUUUAGUAGUGUCACAUGUUCAAGAAGGAAUUCACUUCAGUGGUCACCAUAAUGCCUCAAAUCUGUCAUGAAAAACCAGCCACCAUCUGGUCAUUUUGUUAUGCUUACAGGAUCUGCACUCUUGGACGAGUGUUUAAAAAUGGCCUGUUUUUUAUGCUAUAGGGUGUUAAAUAAUGUUUGUAAAUCUGGUCUGAGGUUAAAGUAGUCAUAUUUAAAUGUAAUAAUAUUAACCAGUCAACGGUUACAAUGUCCCUUACUGAAGUACGACUAAGUCGAGAAUCACCUCUUCCAAAAUCUGAAAAAUAAAAUGUUUGGAUGUCUAAUUGAAGUUGUAAUUAUAAAGAAGGAUACUUGUACUACAAUUAGGAUAAUAUCAAAAUGUUUAAAGGGAGUAGCUUGACAUUUUAGGAAAUAAACAUACUGGCUUUCAGGUGCCGAGUUGGAUAUUCAGAACUCUGAAAUCUGUCAACUAAACUUAGUUUAGCUUAAAUUAGCAUAAAGACUGGAAACUGGUUAAAAACAACUAGCCUGUCUGUCCUUAACCUACCAAAAUCUGCCUAUCAGUAUCUAUAGCGCACUUACUGAUGGUUUUUGUGUUGAAUCCAAACUAAUAAUAAGGUGUAAACAUGACAAGCUGUUUUGCUAUUUGCUCAGCUAAGUGGCAACUUGCUAAAGGUUAGCCUAAUAUUGAAUUAUCAAAUAUUAUCAUCUUACUCUCCACCAGACCAUAAAUAAGCACAUUUCCAACAUUUCAAACUACUCUCUUGAAUAUAUUUCCAGUUACAGCGCUGCGACGGAUGUAUUAGAGAUGUCCCGCCAUGUUCAUGCCUCCUGUAUAGAUCUCUCCCAGCGCAGACAAACGUCACUUUAGUGUCGCCAUAUUGGUUCCACUUUGUUUGUUUUUUACCAUUGCUUGAUGAAUGUUUUCUUUGCCAAAUAGGUACAAUGUCUGCUGCUUCAGAGCAUUGUUUGCAGCGUGUGAGUGGUUGCAGUCUGGUACAUCCAUUUCCACUCUGCAUAGUAGUUCCGUUCCAAAGUCGAUCCAUUGGAGCCCUUUCCAUCAUGUACUCUAAGUCCUUUAAUUGAUCAGACUUUGUGUAAUCCGAACAAAAGAUUAACCUAAAAAAUAUACCUUUAAAUAAAAAGAAAUUAAGGAUGUGUUUCCCCUAAAUAACCUUCUAACUGUGAGGAUGCUGUUAUGAAACAGAAACUCUCACAAGUCCAUGGUUCCUGUAUAUUUAUUGAAUAUAUUAUUAAAAAAAGAUUUUUUAAACUGAUGACACAUUCAAUAAAAUAACAAAAACAUUGUAGUUCAUUAUUCCUUACCCUUAAGAAGUCCCAACAGGACUUAGCCGUAUAUCUUUAUUACAUUGCCAAGGAAAACUAGCUUGUGCCACUGAAUGCUUGAGGGGGAACCUAACUGACCUGAGAGCAGCACUCGGGCAGGAAAAUGUUUUACGGUCGUCAAGAUGUCCUCGUUCUUGGGAAGGUCAACUUGAAACAGAAUGUCAUAAAAUGAAAAGAAGCUUCUGGCACAGUCAUAAAGUGUCUUUGAAGCCAAAUCCCUACCUGUGCCAGGUGGCUGCUGCUUCCAAACUAUUAGAUUGGGCCUGUAAGGUGAACAGGAUAAAGAGCCAGAUACAAAUUACACAAAUCCAGAAUGGAAAUGUGUACUCUUGCUGCACCAGCCUUGAAAAACCAGCUUGUCUGCUCACCUAGACACACCUGAACACUUUUAUUGCAGCUCCUGGAGGCCUCAUAAUUACCUGGCUGACUAAACCUGUCCUGGGGCAUAAAUAGGGUCAGCUGGUAUUCUUUGGAAGUUAAACCCCUCCUCUAGGCUAUUUGGCACAGCUGGUUUUCCAUGGCCCAAAGCAGGAUACUUUCCCCCCUGACGGCCGUGGUCACUCUGCUGGGCGUUUUGUGAAACUAUGUCUGAUCCAAGAUGAGGGCCCGGCUCCAGCCACCUGCAGCCUGUGCUGUGCCAGACUGAUGACGGCGUCUGACAUACCAUUGAAGGCCAGAUUAAUGGAAAUAAAACAGUGUUAAAACAUUA